AGGAGGUUUCUGGAUUUCCCGGGAACGCCAACUAUGGAUGACCAAAAGAACUGGACGGAGUACCAGAAAUUCAACCCGUGAAACCCUAAAAACAGAAAGUGAUUGAAAGCACAAGUUGUUAGCAGUAAUGGACCCAGAGACGGCCUUAGAGUUUGUGAAGCACGGUGCUACGCUUCUUCUGCUCGAUGUUCCUCAGUACACUCUCAUUGGCAUCGAUACCCAGAUGUUUUCAUCGGGUCCUAAUUUCAAGGGUAUCAAGAUGAUUCCCCCUGGCAUUCACUUUGUUUACUAUAGCUCGGCUAACAGGGAAGGCAGUGAGUUCUCCCCAGUUGUUGGCUUCUUUAUUGAUGCCACCCCUUCACAGGUGAUUGUUCGUAAAUGGGAUCAAAACAAAAUGUUGGAAGAGGAGGAAGGGAGAUACUCUGAUGCAGUUAAAAGGCUGGAAUUUGAUAAACAGCUUGGACCAUACACAUUGAGUCAGUAUGGGGAUUGGAAACGCUUAUCCAGCUAUAUCACCAAGGAUACAGUUGAGCGCAUAGAGCCUAUUGGAGGAGAAAUCUCUGUUGCCUGCGAAUCUGAAAUGGUUGGAAAGUUUUCUAAAUCAGCCAUGGAGAAAGCCUUAGCUGAGCAGUUAAAGAGCAGCAAGUUUUCAGCACCUGAAGAGAAAUCACAAAAAAGAGGUUGCUAUUACACUGCAAUUCCACGAGUUGUCAAACAUAAGGGAAUGUGUGGCAAAGAGCUUACUAGUUUAAAUAUUGACAAGACACAGCUGUUGGAAGGGAUACUGAUGAAAGAAUAUGGAGGCGAUGAAGAUGCACUUCUAGCAGAGUUGCAGUUUGCGUUCAUUGCAUUUCUGAUGGGUCAAUCCCUUGAAGCAUUCCUCCAGUGGAAGCUUUUAGUGAGUCUCUUAUUUGGUUGUACAGAAGCUCCUCUUAACACCAGGAGUCAGCUAUUUACCAAGUUUAUUAAAGUCAUUUAUCACCAGUUGAAAUAUGGAUUUUCAAAGGACCAGAAGGAUAUGCCUGAAGGAGUGUCAGCAUUGUUGGAUGAAUCUUGGUUGUCUUCUGAUAACUUUCUGCACCACCUCUGCAAGGAUUUCUUCUCGUUGGUGCUAGAAGCUCCAGUGGUUGAUGGUGACCUUCUCUCUUGGACGAGGAGACUGAAAGAGCUGCUUGAGGACUCUUUGGGAUGGCAAUUUCAGCAGAACAGUGCGGUAGAUGGAAUUUACUUUGAGGAAGAUGAUGAGUAUGCUCCAGUGGUAGAGAUUUUGGAUUGAUAUGGCUGGUUGCAGGAAAGACAUGAACUGAAGUAUAAUCUUGUUUGUACCUUCUAUGAUGGGAGUGCUAGCAUGCUAGUUCUUCUCCACUUCCAAUUAACAGUGAUAUAUACGCAGCAAAUGGUUCUGAUGUGUGUAGCGCACCUACCUUCACUAACGCACGACACGUUAUUUGUCCAGAUGACAGUUUGUAGCAACCUGUAACACCCUUUUGUUGAAGAUAUUCAAGAAUUAUGUUUUAGUUAAUGUACAUUUACCAUAUGUUGUUGCAUCAAUCAAUAUAUAUGAGUCAGUACUUUCUGAUUA